CGGAAGCACGAAGUGGAGAGCGAACAACUGGAGACAACACUGGUCGCACUUUGUUUCGACUGACCCUCGGGCCGAGUGUAGUGAGGGGGCGCCCGGGGACUUCAGACCGCGGCCUGGUGGCUCCGGGGGGGGGGGGGAACCAGACUCGGCCUUCGAGGCGCCGCAUUUCAGGAAACUCUUGGCUGCAUAAAUAGUUUCUAAUGGCUCAAGAAUCUAACGGCUUUAUAUGCAAUGGGCUGCCACCAUCACCCGAUGAAAAUGAAUUACCUUCUGGCUUUCCACAAAAUAUCUGUGAUGAUGUGCCAGAGGAGAAGUACCUGUGCAGCUUUUGUAAAAAUGUCUUGAAGAAGGCAUACCAAACAUUGUGUGGCCAUCGAUAUUGCUGGGCAUGUGUCGAGUGGAUUGUCAAAUACAAUAAAAGUUCAGUUUGUCAAAAAUGUAAGGAAGAUGACUCACAGACUGUAAAUGAAGAUAGCAUUUUGGCUUUGGGAAAGAUGUUCAGUGAUGCUGCAGUAUCCAAGGAGAUCUUAGAUUUGAAAGUACAUUGCAUCAAUCCUGGUUGUACCUGGAAAAGCACAAUGAAGAAUUAUGAGGAUCAUGUAACCCAGUGUGAAUUUUCACUGAUUCCUUGCAGUACAGGUUGUGGAUUGAUGGUUUUAAGGAAGAAACUGGCAGAUCAUUUGGAAAAAGAAUGCAAAAACAAUAUGGUGGAAUGUCAGCAAUGUGAUGUGAAGAUGUUUAUGAAGGACUUGCAGAAGCAUGUGUGUGAUAAAACUCCUUCCAAAGAGAAAAAAACGUUUAAGUUUGACUUGGCCAAUAAAGAAAAGUCUCGUUCUCCUGGAGGAAACCGAACACGUGAUAGCUGCCGUUUUGCAGAAUUGGGCUGCAAUUUCAAGGGUGGCAAAGAGCGUCUCAAGGAUCAUGAAAAUGGUUCCGUUGUCACACAUCUCGCAUUAUUACUUCAGUUUGCCAAUACUCUGAAAACCAACCUGUUGCAAAAUUCCAGCAUUGCUAAUGAUGAAGAAGAAGAUGCAUCAGUACUUACCAUCCCAUCGUUGAUUACUCAACUGCAGCUCAGAGUCCAAGAAAUUGAAAAGAAUGUGUUGUCCUUGUCGUACAAAAGUUCGUUAUCCUCUUUACGCACCCAGGUUGCAGUGGAAUCAAAUGGUGACUUAGAAACAGAUCAUUUUGAAGGAGCUUCUGGUUCUAGUAACAAUUCAGAUUUUCAGGCACCACCAUAUUCUGGACAAGUAUUGACAGGGUGUCAAAAUAAAAUUGAUGCUCUUGAACGAAAAAUCCAGACGUUCGAAAAUAUUGUGACCGUUUUAAACAGAGAGGUAGAAAAGACUCAUACUACUAUGGUUGCAUUUGAGAGACAAAAUAAGAUUGAUCAAGAUGCCAUUAAAGCCUUGGAACGCAAGGUUUCUGAUCAGCAGCACCUGUUGGCUUUGAAGGAUAUGGUUAUCAGUGACUUCCGUCAACAACUGCUUACUUUGGAGCAGAUUUCUUAUGAUGGAAUAUUGAUCUGGAAGAUUACUGAUGUGAAUAGAAAACGGCAGGAGGCCAUUUCAGGACGAACGACGAGUCUUUACUCCCCAGCAUUCUACACCAGCAGAUAUGGCUAUAAAGUGCGAAUGAGAAUAUAUUUAAAUGGAGAUGGAGCAGGUCGAGGUUCUCACAUAUCCUUGUUCUUUGUUAUCAUGAAGGGAGACUAUGAUGCCUUGCUUCACUGGCCAUUUAAGCAAAAGGUUACGUUUAUGCUUUUGGACCAGAACAGCCGGGAACAUUUAAUUGAUGCAUUUCGUCCAGAUGUUAAUUCAUCUUCAUUUCAACGACCAGUGAGCGAGAUGAAUAUUGCCAGCGGCUGUCCUAUGUUUUUACCAUUAUCCAAACUUGACUCUCCUAAGCAGGCCUAUCUGAAAAAUGAUGUCUUGUUUAUUAAGUGCAUUGUAGAUAAUACAAACUAAUAGGACAAGAGGUGAAAAGCUGCAGAAAUUAGUUGGUAUUAUCAUUGCCUUAUAUUAUGCAUUUGUAAAAUGUCUUGCUGAUGUUUUGACAAAUACAACAGAACAAUUAUUUAAAAACAAAACUAUCUCUGUUAAUGAUGAACUGCAUAAUCUAUUCUGAUUUUAUAAGUCACUUUUUUAUUGAUAACGCAUUGGGAAUCUGUAAAUAUAUUUUUGAACUUUGGAUAUGCAAAAUUAAGCUGUUUGAAUAUCAAGAUUAUACAUCGUUGCACUGGGUGAGUGUUGCAUAUUUUCAGUGGCACUGAGUUAUUUCAUGAUACUGGUUCCUGUGUUCCUGUUGUUUUGUAUACAAAAAUGUAUAUUGUUGGGAGCCAGGAGAUGUUGAUCACUUAGAUUGUCCUUGAGCACAGGCUGAUAUUGACCCCUGCCAUAUUAAUGUAUCCCUCUGUCAAUGGAGGUUGUCUGCUCUAUAAUCUAAUUUUAUUGACUAUCUCCGAUUUACUGGUUUAUAAAGGCUGUUUCUGUUAAAUGGUAUGACUUAAGAGAAAUGGUGCAUUUUGGGAGUUAAUAUGCAAAAGAAAUGUUCAUUUAUUGCAUGAAGAAAAUGAAGAUAACUAAAAUGAAUGGCAGAUAGAGAUAUCUACCCUUUUUUUAAUGAAACUUGCAUUAGUCUGUUAAUCUGGACAAUAUUUAUGUCUUUAUCUCUGAAUUUUAAUUUAUUAGAAAUAAUUCAAUCACUUUGAUGUUUUUCAAUGGCACAAUAGAAUAUUUACAUUUUGUAUUGGCUUUUAUAAAUCUGAGGCAGUGAUACAUGCUUUUAGUAGAGAUAUGUCAUUCAAAGGAAUUGUAAAAGAAUUGUGGAAAUGAAUUACAUAAUUCCAAGAGCACAAGAAUUAGUAUGUGCAAACCCUGCGGCCCCUCCGGUUUAUUGUGCCACUCAGUAGGAUCACAGCUGGUCUUCCUUAAGGCAUUUCUCAGUCUUAUCCCCAUAGUCUAGUUAUUCUAGUGUCUAAAAAUCUAACACCUUUUUGAAAAUACUCUGACUGCACAUCCACCAUCCCUUAGGUGGAGAAUUCCAAAGGUCCACAAAGAAAUUUUGUCCUCUUCUCAAUCAAAGACAAAGAUCCCAGUUCUGAAUCUCAAUCCAGGGUAUACAGCUUCUUGGUACCUAUUCUGUCAAGCCCUUUUAUGACUCGUGUGCAUUUCAAUUGGGUGACCUCUCAUUCUUCGAGAAUGCAGAAAAUAUGGGUUCAUUCUACUCUGUCUCUGGCACUGGGACUUCCUGGUCCAUGAACUUUGGUUGCAGCCCAUUUAAUACAAUGAUGUCCUUCGUUAGAUAAGGGAACAAAAGCUGUACCAAACUUUCAGAUAUUGUUCUUACUGAGAAGUAUAUGUAGCUCUCCUGUAGGUACAACAGUUACGCCUCAUGUAACAAUUGUUUAAAGUUGGCCUUUCCUUUGAUCUUUAAAUCUUCUGAGUAUUUGAGGAAAGAAUACUCAGGAACUACUGUAGAUCACUUAGCCCUUCAAACCUAUUUGCACACAUUAUUAAGAUCAUGGCUUACUCUGUAGCCUUACUCAGUGUACUCAUCUUGCUCCAUAAUCCCUUCGGCUGAUUAAAAAUCAUUAGACUUCGAUUCAAAAUGAUUAAGUUGCCAUUUGUGACAUUCUAAAAGUGCUUUCUGAUUUUAAUCUUGAAAGGCUUAGCUCUAAUAUUUAUACCUUUACCCAAGUCCUAACUUCUAUCUGUCAAAGCCAUCAGAUCUACUAAUAUGUUGUAAACACAAAUCAAAUAACUCUUCGCCCUUCUGUAGUUUAUGUAUUCUCUUCCCGUAGCUUAAUCCUCGGGUACCAGAUACCUUUCUGGUAAAUCUGUGCUGUACUCCUUCAGAGGCUAAUAUAUUCUUCCUAAGGUGUGGUGUUCAAAGUUGAUCUUUUUUUUUCUUGGUGGUCUAAUUGAAAUUGUGUAUAUUUACUAUAUGCAAUAUUCCAGGAUCUUUUUGAUUUCUUUUUUAUUUUCAGUUAUGUGGGAUCCACACUAAGACUCAGUGUUUAUUGCCCAUCGCAAAUUGCCCUUCAGAAGAUGGUGGUAAGAUAUUUUAUGAGAAGACUGAAGAAUAAACUACAUUGCUGUCGUCUAUAAUCGCACCAAAGCAAGAUUGAGUAGGGAUAACUCAUUUGCUUCCCUAAGAGUCAUCAGAUGAACACUUGAGGCCUCAACAGAACCAUCUCGAACCCCAAAUAGCCACAUCUUCCCUAUUUGGAUAUCUGCCCUUUAUCCUUAUUUUCUGUCUCUUGCUCCCACUAACCAGAUCUAUAACUUCCCUUCAAUUUUCAGAGCUUCACCUUUACCUAAUAAUAUCCUUGAAGGAUUUUGUGAAAUGCCUUUGUCAAAGUCCACAUAAAUAAUAUCCAAAGACAUUUUCCUGCCACUAUUCAAAUUUGAGAUAGAAAUCAUUGUGUUCCAGGAAGUUGUUACUGCCCAGUGUCAUUAUUUUCUUCUUUUGCUUUUUCACUUGCAUUUAUUUUGGUGAGUUCUCCUCCCUGAUUCCAUGUUAAUUUCUUUGGCCGUUGUCAUCGUCUCCCACUGUAAAUACUGACGCAGGUGCAUCGGCCAUUUCCUGGCUUUUAUUUAUAACAAUAAUCAAUGUGCCCACAUUGCUGCUGAUCACCCUCUACCUAAUUGUAAAAUUCUCUUUUUAUGUCCCUUCUCCACUGUCUGUAACCUGCUUCCAAGUUGCUACUGCCUUUCUGCUUUUUAUACGAUCACUACUGUUAAUUUCCCAUAGACUGUGUUGAUAUUUCUCAUUAGUGCAAGUUGCUGAUUGAGAAUUUCAUACAGUGGAGCCACAUUACGACUGGUCAUAAGAGCUGCGUAGUGACAGUUGGCAAAGCAAUUUGCAACAUUAAAUGUUGAUGAGGUUCAGUCAGUAACUGUGAUAACAAAACACAAGAUUAAUGGAUCGGAAAUUUGGCAGUUGUAAGUCUCUUAAUGUGUCUAUAUAUCUCCACUGAAGUCAUAGAUUCCUAUAUUUUGAUUAUUUGAUAUUUGCUCAAUAUUUUAAGGAUAAAUUUUGCAUCACUAAUGCAAUGGCAGUUCUCUCAUAGCAAGUUAGAAUUUUGUUAUGAAUAUCCAACAAGAUCAAAGCAAUUUGUUACAGGAAGGACAUCGGUGAUCAGGACUUGACUCAGUCAGUAUGCAUUUUAAAUUAUGUGCAACAAUUGGGGUUGGCAGUAUAAUGAAAAAUAGCCAGCGAGGAAGGCCUAAUAUUUCCCCAAAAUCUCCUGCUCAUUCUCAACCAAUAAUUCGAUUUUAAUUACAUCUUUCCAUUUGUUUUUGUCCUGGCUGCCGCUACCUCCACGAGGUGCAGGAUGGGCAAUGUACUGAAUCAAGAUGCAUAGUUUACUUAGGAACAUAAAGACAGAGUAGGCCAUUCAACCCACGGUCCACUUCCAGCAGGGCUGUACUCCAUCUACCAGUCUGGUUAUGUGCCUAAACACACAGGACAUUCCAAACCUUGCAUUUCUGUGUUUAUAGCACUGCAGUGGGAAGUAUCUGUCACAUAGGGUUACCUGUCUUCACAUUCACUGCAUAUGUAGUUUCUAUAAAACUAACCACCUUGAGAUUCAGUAUAGCAAACAGCGGUAACAAUGUUAGCUUAGAUUCUUCUUAUUGGAAUAAUGCCAGUUGUACUCUUACUUGAUUUUUUUUCUCUCUCUGCAAAUGUGGAAGGCUUUAGCAAGCAGAAACAAAUUUUGCGGAACUUAAUUGAUUUGCAGAAGUCAGCGGACGUCAGCGAGAAAUGUAAAGAACAUCACAAGACACUAGAUAUGGAAUGUUGUAUAGUAACUAUAAACAGAGGAGCUUCUAUAUGCAAAUUGUUUUUCAACUUCAUGUUUCUUGCACAACAGUACAUAGUGAGGUUGACAUCUGUCACAAGUUGAAUUCUGGAUGGAAAGAUGUUUAAUUUCACAGGAAAGAGAUUUAUAUGGAAUGAAACUUUGGGUGCGCUGGUGUUUGAGAUUAAUUCAGUGACUUGUUGAAUUGGGGGUGUGUAGGAAUUUAAGUUUUGUCCAGUUUUGGAGGGGCUCAUGAAGUGCACACACACACACUAUGGUAAAAUUCCAAUUAUCCAGCACCCGAUUGGAAACCCUGAUGGUCUGACUAGGGGUUGGGUGUGUGGCUGGAACCAGGGUGGGCUCUGUAGCACCAGGGGUCAGGAACAUGAGUAAGAUUGCAGCUGGAACUGGGGUCCAGAGUGCUUGUACAUAUCCCAUCCCUUUAACUCGCUGGGUUCACUGGAAGAUUGAUUGUAUUACUGUGUAAUAUGUUUCCAAAAAAAAAGUGAAAUUAAAGUGUUGGGAUGUUACUUGGAGGAGCAUACAACAGUCCAGAAAAUGUGCUACUCCAGCACCACUGAAGUGCCAAGGGUUCUGAAUUAUUGUAGUUCACCGUAAGGUAUAGGUACAGAUCCUUUACUGAAUGGUUAUUGGGUCGGCAGGGUGAGGGUCUGUGUCCUGGGUGCUGUCUCACACAUCUGUUUUGAAUGAUGCUGAGGCUCGAAAAUAAUCUACUCCGCAAAACUGGCAUAAGAAACAAUAGGACAAUUUAUUUUAGAACCCAUGAGUCCCUAAAUAACCCCUGAUUUGUUACUUUGCCAGGUCUAAAUUGCGAAAGAGAUGGCAAAGAGCAAGUUUCCUUGCCUUAAUGGAUUUAAUAUUUUUUCUUGGUCAUUGUGUAUGUGUUUGAAAUAUACCAAAAUGCAUCUUUAAAAAUGUUUGUCAAAACACUUUAACAGUGGUAGAAUAAAGUAUGUGUAUAAUAAACUGUCUCUAUGUGCAGCAAUGUUUUAAGUAUAUCGUUGAGAAUAAAUAUUUUGGCACUCAGCUACAUCUUCAGA